AUGCACAGCGAGUCGACACCACUGCUACCGCCAAGGCCUCGCAGCGUGCGCCAGCGGUAUACAAAAGGCCUCGUGCUCCUUGCGUGCUUUUGCGUGGCGUCCGUCGUGCGGUACCAAGCGACGUUGUCGACGCUUGUCGCGUCACCAGACUUUGACGGCGAUCUCCGCGCCCGCUGCAGCGUCCAUACCCUCUCUCAGCGUCUUGACCACUUUCAAUCGACCAACGGCACGUUUGGGCAGCGCUACUUUGUGUGUCGCGAGUUCUGGGACCAAGAAGCCGGUCCGAUCUUCUUCUACGCGGGGAACGAAGCCGACGUCGAGCUGUACUUGAACCACACGGGCUUGAUGUGGGAGUCGGCGCCGUCGUUUCGCGCGCUGCUCGUCUUUGCAGAGCACCGGUACUUUGGCCAAUCGAUGCCAACCCGACGGGCCAACAGUUCCAACGGGCAGUACGCAGUGCACCUCUCGUCGCAGCAGGCGCUCGCCGACUUUGCCGUUUUGAUUGCGCACCUCCGAGAGACGCUACCGGCGCCGCACGUACCAUUUGUGGCCUUUGGCGGGUCGUACGGCGGCAUGCUCGCGGCGUGGCUGCGGCUCAAGUACCCGCACUUGGUCGCGGGGGCGAUCGCAGCAUCGGCGCCGAUGCGGUCUUUCUUGGGCAUGGACCCGCCCAUGGACUUGGCAUCCUUUGCGAGGAUCGUCACGCACGAUGCCAGUGAAGCCGCGGGCGCAGCGCCGCAGUGCGCCGCCAACAUUCGCGCGGCAUGGGACCACCUCUUUGCGCUUGGUGGCACUGUCCAAGGCCGUGCAAAGCUCGCAAAAAUCUUCCGCGUGUGCCCCGGACGGAACCUCACUGCCCCGGGGCACGUAUACGACCUCGCCAACUGGGCCAAAGAGGCGUACGAGAACAUGGCGAUGGGCAACUACCCGUACCCGACGUCGUACAUCACGGGCGGCGACCGCACACUUCCGGCCUUCCCAAUGCGAGCCGCGUGCGUCGCCUUUAGCGGCCUCUUGGAGUCACCGGAGGACUUUCUGCACGCGCUGAAGCAAAGCAUCGAUGUCUAUUACAACACGACGGGCGCGGCUCCGUGCUAUGCAUUCGAUGAUGACGACAGUCUCGACUACUGGGACUACCUCAACUGCGCCGACAUGUACACGCCGCUCGACCAGAAUGGCGUCACCGAUAUGUUCUGGCCCGAGAUCCACAACGCGACGACCGACGACGCGGCGUGCGUCGCCAAUUGGGGCGUGCACGUGCGGCCGUUCUGGCCGUCGAUCGUGUUUGGCGGCACGGACGCGUUCCGGCAGUCGAGCAACAUUGUCUUUAGCAACGGGGAUUUGGACCCGUGGUACCCGACGGGGUUUACAACGUCCUUGAGCGACUCGGUCGUGGCGCUUCUCAUCCACAACGGCGCGCAUCACCUCGACCUCAUGUUUAGCCAUCCGCUCGACUCGCAUGCGCUUCGACGCGCCCGUGACACGGAGCGUGACCACAUCCGCCGGUGGGUGACCAAGUCGCCUUGA